AUGAGAGCUAUCAAAUUUGCCAAGAGACCUGUAAGUCCUGAAAUUGGCGUGACUCUUUAAGCUAAAAUGUUUCACAAGGUGAAACGGAGAAAACAACAACCGUGGUACAAAAUUACCAUCUUGUUGCUUCUGUUGCAGUUUUCUACUUCUAUCAACAUUUCUGGAAGAACCAAGAAUCGUGGACUGCGGGCUGUGGGCUGCGGAAAGCAGCAAGCACGAGCCAGCCCGUCCACUAAACAAAACAUGGACGGCGUAGAAAUAAAUACGACCGUUUCGUCACAGAACGAGGGGGCUAUCGUAUCGACGGUAGAAAUAUGCCGUGUUUGCCUCCUCGGCAAUCUGGUGAUGCGUGACUUAUUCCUAGAAAACGAGGUCGCGUCCCUUUCUGCAAAGGCGAUGAGCUUCGCCAAUGUUAAGAUGUUACCUGGAGAUGGUUUGCCGACACGUGUGUGUUGUAUGUGUGCAGAUAAACUUGAAUCUGCAUAUGAGUUCAAGCUACAGGUGGAACAAGCUGACACAGUUCUCAGAGAAAGAUAUGUUACUGUAAAUAUGAAGGAAGAACUGUUUUUUAAUGAAGUUGAAGUACAAUUAGAAAGUGAAGAAAGGAAUGAGCAUGUAGAAGAAAUGCAUGUGAAAAAUGAUUACCAGAAUGCUGAUGAAGCACUUACAUCUGUACCUAUGUCUCAGGAGGAAAAGUCUCAACUUUUGAAGGAACAACUGGCUUUAUUUCAAACAGAUCAAGAAGAAGAAAUGAGAGAAGAAAAUACUGACUCAGUAAUCGAGGAAGUAAUCGAUCAAACAAUGACUACUGAACAAGCAUCGGAAGCUUGUAUGAGCCAUGAAGAAGAAGAAGAAGAUUGCAUGAUUGCAGAUGUUCCGAAGCAUGAGAUAUUAAAAAACGAGACUAAUGAUUGUCUUGAAAAUAUGUCGACUGUGGAACACGAUUAUAUAUUGCACACGGAGUGUAUGUUGCCCGAAGAUCAUCACCAGGAACAGGAACAACAACUUGCGUCGGAAGAAUCAUUUCAGCGAGUAGAUUGUUCUGAGGAAUCGUUCCAAAGAGUAGAUUGUUCCGAGGAAUAUGCAAAUUUGUUGGCGAAAGCAACUGACGUAACGACUCAAGAAAUGGAGAUCGAAACAAAACAGUUGGUAGUUGCGAACCGUGAUUUCAAAGAGAUAGAUGAGGAGUUUCAAUGUCAAAACGAGGCCAGAAGAAGCAAGCGUAAAUUAGUUGGACGAAACGAAACGAAACUAGACUCUGUCGAAGAAAAUUAUUUCGAGAACUUGAACCUGAGCUCGAGACUGAAGAACGUUCAGAUUGACCAGUCGGAAAAAUGUUUUUUUCUGUGUUAUCUAUGCGACAAGGAGUUUGUUUCGAAGGGCGUAUUAAGGGAGCAUAUGCACUCUCACGAAGAGGUCCGAAAGGCGUUGUCCUUAACGAAGAAAACGACGUUGGACACGCCAACGCAAAAGAGCAUCUGUCCGGCUGCGAAAUCACCACCAUCGGGUAAACGAUCGAACAAGUGCCCCUAUUGCGGAAAACAGUAUAUAUACAUUAUCUCGUAUAGUAAACAUUUAAAAAAACACGAACGGGAAAAAGAAGGAAGCGAUGAACCGAUGCCACUGGAAAUUUCAUUCCAAGAACAAGAAUACAGCUUAGACCUCGAGGAUUACGAAAACGAACGACGACAUUCAAGUUCUGAAUGUCGAAAGCGAGCAAAACAAAAAGAAGAAAAUACAGAGAUCGAGGACGAGGUAGAAGACGAAGAGAAGAGAGAUGGUGAGGAAGAGGACGCAGGGAAAGAAAGCGAGGUAAAGAGGGGCGAGAACAACAAUGAUGACGAUAAUGAUGGCGAAAAUGAACAAGAGGAUGGUUCGAACAGGGAACACGAGAACAAUGGCGUGCGCACGAAGAGGUUCGCAUGUGUCAAGUGCUCGGAAAAGUUUUACACGAAGCGUGGGUUACGAAAGCACGAAGCAUCGCACGUUGAUCUCAGGUGUAGCAUAUGCGAAGAGGAAUUUGAUACGUUAGAGAAACUAAGAAAUCAUAGGGCAAAGCAUGUAGUCGAAGGUGUGUUGACCGAGCAAGAUCUAGAAAUGGGUGCGGAAAUAUUAGUCAAUAAGGAAACAGAGGCUUACGAAACGGAAGAUAGAGAAAGGGAAGACAACAAUCAAAGAAUGGAGAGUGCGGAAAUAGAUGAAUUGUUGCAGAGGACAGAAAAUAAUUCGACGAAGAAAAAGGACGCACACCGUGGGACCGAGUACAGUUGCAAGAUGUGUUGUCAGCGAUUUACAUCAAAGGAUGUAUUGCAGAAACACGUGGAACAGCAACAUGAACGCACAAAGGUCUAUAAGUGUACAGAGUGCAGCAAAGCUUUCGGGAAUGAACUUACUUUACGCAAUCAUCUGAUAGCUACGAAUCACAAGACUUUCAUACACGGUCAGGAGUACGAUCCUAAUAAACGUAUAAAACGUGUCGCCGCGAGGGCUGCGCAAAAGAUUAUCGAUAAAAUUACGAGCGAUACCGGUUUGGAAGAUGACGACGAAGACGAAGGAAAUGAAGCUAAAAUCGAUCGCACUAGUUCUGCGGACGGCAAUUACACUCGGAAUAAACGGGAAAUUUCCUUGCAGAAAAAAUAUAAAAAGGAAUUGGAGUGCGAGAGCUGCAACAAAAAAUGUAGUUCGAAACAAUCGCUGAUGAAGCACAUGGAACAACAUGUGAAGGACGAGCAAUCGGCUAAGCCGGAAAAGUCCAAACAAAUGACUGAGAAAAAAGAUUGGCACAAAAAUUGUGCCAACGACGAGGUCAACGAUACUGAGAGGAAGGAUGAUGAUUCGGAUUUCGAGAGCGGUCUGGAUUGGACGAUGGACAAUCACGAAUGCGAGAAAUGUAAAAAACGAUACAGCACGAAAAAAUCGUUGUUGCGACAUCAAUUGUUACACGAGGAGCCAAACUUCGAAUGCGAUAUCUGUAACGUCAAGUUCUACCGCAAGGACAAAUUGAAAGCUCAUUAUGAUAAGUGUUCGGAAAGAAAUCCAGACCAAGUGAGGAAGUGCAAUAUUUGCGGCGACACUUUCGAGACCAACGAGAUUCUACGAAAGCACAGGGCGAAACAUGUUACCGAAGGUAUUCUUACGGAGGAGGACUUGAGGGAUAUCGAACCACGACCAGCGGAGAGAAAGCCGGGCGAGAGAGUCGGCAGGAAGAGAAGGACGGAUAUUGUAGGUUUGGAAUGUACCGAAUGUAACAAGCGAUAUACUUCAAGGAAAGGUCUCUUACGGCACAUUCAAGUUCACGAGGGGAAGAAAUACUUGUGUGAUAUAUGCCCGAAAAAGUUUUACCGGAGAGAACAUUUGAAAAUACACGUAGCCAAGCAUAACAUGGUCAAACCUUACAAGUGUACGCGCUGUACAAAACGUUUCAUUAAAGAGGAGCAGUUGACGAAUCAUUUAUCGAAACACGAUCGGACGUUUAAGAAGACUAAGGAACCUGACAGCUCAAAGAGAUUCCUGUGCGAGAUUUGUUCCAAGAGUUUCACGCAAUCUACGACAUUGAUUGCGCAUCUCAGAGCACACAAUGGCAUAAAACCGUACGUCUGCGAGGUCUGUUCACGGCCGUUCACGACAAACGCUUACUUGAAGAUGCACAUGAGAACGCAUACGCAAGAACGGCCGUACAUUUGUCAGUACUGUUCGCGAGCGUUCGCGAGAGCCGACACGCUUGCCAAUCACUUGACCUCGCAUACGGGUGAAGCUAAGUAUCACUGCAAGUAUUGUCCGAAGAACUUCCGUCGUCUCAAAUCCUUGAAGGAGCAUGUUUUCAUUCACACUGGACAGAGACCUUAUGCGUGUCCGACCUGUGAUCGACGAUUCAAUAACAACGGAAGUCGAUAUGCUCAUAGUAAGAGGUGCAAGCAAAAUUUGGUACAGAAUCAAAAUCGUGCACAAACAUUGGCCACACAAGUGCAACCGGUUCAGAAUCAACAAAGAAUAACAUUGGAACAGGCCACCAUCGGGCAAGGACAAAUAGUGAAGGCGCAAAAUAUUAAAACUAUCACUAUUACCAGGCAAGCGGAACCGGUUACUCAUCAAGUGAUGCAACAUCAAGAAAUUUUGAUGCCUUUAAUACUUCCCCUUACGGUGACUCUUGCUGGUGAAGAAGUUAUAUUACCGGAAGGAACUAAGAUAUUUACUACGUCUUAACUUUACGUGUAACUUCUUCACAUGUUGAUCGAGUUUGUUAUUCAAUUUCAUGUUUAAUACCAAACUUUUUUCACGCGUAUUCUCUAAAUGAGAAUGGACUGGAACAGAAUGGUAACGAAAACAAACGAAUAUUUUCGACUUUGUACAGUAUAUUGUAUAUCCUUGUUUAUAUUUAAAUAUGAGCUAAUACUGCUGUAUAUUACA